AUGGCUGCAGCAUCGUCCUCGACCGAUGUCCCUCCCCUUGGCAAAUAUCUCGCAUCCACCGACAAGAAGACACGGGACAAAGCGAUCAAGGGCCUGUCAGCGUUUCUCUCGGACCCUUCUCGAGAUGCCCUGCCUAAGUCUGAGAUGGCAAAGCUCUGGAAGGGUAUCUUUUAUUGCUUCUGGAUGUCCGACAAGCCUCUUGUGCAGCAGGCUCUUGCAAGCGAAUUGGCGGAAAUUAUCUUGACCAUCAGCACCACGCAGUCAUCAUUAGCGUUUCUCCGUGGUUUCUGGGAGGCGACAGUACGGGAGUGGAACUCUAUAGACAGACUGCGGAUCGACAAAUACUACAUGCUUAUUCGGAGAUUUGUCAACGCGUCUUUCAGACUCUUGAUGAAAACCGAGUGGGACAGUGCUGCGUGCGACGAAUGCAACUCAAUAUACACGAGCCGCGGAGGUCCUCUAUGUCCAGAUGACACGCGGGUACCCGCCAGUCUCGGGUACCACCUAGCUGAUAUUUAUUUGGAAGAGCUCGAUAAAGCACUGGGGACAACGUCAACGUCUCCACCGCCUCCCGCACCGCUCUCGACCUUGUUCACGCCCUUCUUCACUCUCGCUGCCCGCACCCACACAAACGCCACAUACCAGCGCAUACAGUCCGAGCUCCUCGAGCCGCUCUAUGCGGCGCUCAAGCCGCCACAAGAAGAGGACGAGCCGCCAAGGCAUAAACGACCACGUCUCUCGGCGCCCUCUUACCCGCAUCUCGUGGAGAACGCCUGUCUGUCCGACCCAAAAGCCGAGGGCGCCGUCAAGCGCGGUGCGCUCCGCAAGGCGCUAUUGCGGCGCAUGUUCGAUAUAGCGAGCGAGCAGGAUACGCGCGACGCUAACCGGCGGAAGCUGUAUGCGCUCUGGAAAAGUCAAAUGGAGGACGAGGAUUCAAGCGGGGAUACGGCGAUUGACGCAAGCUAG